GCCGCAGCCCGUGUCACGUGACCUCGCUCAGAUGUAUCAUGGCGGCGGAGGAGCUGCCCUCGGAGUUCGACGUGGUGCUCGUGGGCACAGGCCUGUGUGAGGCAGUGGUGGCGGCCGCCUGCUCCAGAGUGGGACAGAGAGUUCUGCACCUGGACAGGAGGAGUUAUUACGCCGGGGACUGGGCGAGCUUCUCGUUUCCUGGGCUCCUGUCGUGGAUCCAGGAGCAACAGGCGGAGCCAGAGCCUGAGCAGCCUCCUGAUUGGUCAGCUCUGCUGCAGGAGGGGGAGGAGCUUAUUCAUCUGAACCAAUCAUAUUCAUCCAUCAGUAACCUGCAGGUGCACUGCUACGUCAGUGAAGAAGAGGAGCCACCACCAACAGAGAAGAAAGAAACAGAAACAGAUGCUUCUGCUCCAGAACAAACUCAGACCCAGGUCCCAGAGAGCCAAUCAGAGCCCUGCGCCGAGUCUGAGAGCCAAUCAGAGUCCUGCGCCGAGUCUGAGAGCCAAUCAGAGCCCUGCGCCGAGUCUGAGAGCCAAUCAGAGCCCUGCCUUGAGUCUGAGAGCCAAUCAGAGCCCUGUGCCGAAUCUGAGAGCCAAUCAGAGCCAUGUGCUGAAACUGAGACCCAAUCAGAUCCCGACGCUAAGACCGAGAGCCAAUCAGAGCAGAGGAGGCUGACUCUGGCGGAUUUAGUGAGAGAAGGACGACGCUUCAACAUCGACCUGGUGUCAAAGCUGCUGUUUUCUCGCGGCUCAUUGGUCGAUCUGCUCAUCCAAUCAAACGUCAGUCGCUAUGCAGAAUUCAAGAACGUGAGCCGCAUCCUCACCGUCCUCAACGGCAAUGUCACCCAGGUUCCGUGCAGUAGAGCAGACGUGUUUUCCAGUCGGCAGCUCUCUGUCGUCGAUAAGAGGAAGUUAAUGAAAUUCCUCACUUCCUGUUUGGACGAGAACGACCCGCCCACAGAGUUUGUGGGACGCCCGUACAUGGACUUCCUGGAGCAUCAGUCUCUGGGGGCGGAGCUGCGACACUUCCUGUUUUACUCGAUCGCCGGGGCGACGGAGGACACGCCCACGGAGGCGGGGCUGGCGUCCACGCGUCACUUCCUGCGCUGCCUCGGUCGCUACGGCAACACGCCCUUCCUGUUCCCCGUCUAUGGACUCGGAGAGAUCCCACAGUGUUUCUGCAGGAUGUGCGCCGUCUUCGGGGGGAUUUACUGCCUCAGACACUCGGCCCAGAGUCUGAUCCUGCACAAAGACACCAACAGGUGUGUAGCUGUGGUUGACAGUCAGGGGCAGAGGAUCAGCUGUUCUCAUUGUGUCCUGGAGUCUGGACUUUUGGACCCUCCUCAGACCGAGACCAGGACCAGGUCGACGUCCAGAGCUGUUCUCAUCACAGACCAAUCCAUCCUCCCCUCAGACUCAGAACUGAACCAGGUGUCUCUGGUCUCAGUCCCUCCUUUGGAGCCUGGAUCUCCUUCGGUCCGAAUCGUUGAGCUGAGCCCCUCCACCAUGACCUGCAUCAACGGCACCUACCUGGUGCACCUCACCUGUCCGUCCACAGGCUCCGCCUACCAGGACCUGUUUCCCGUGGUAACCAGCCUCUUCAGGACCCCAGAGUCACCGGACCAGGGAGGUCCGUCUGUUCUCUGGAGUCUGUACUUCAACAUGGCGGCCGGGUCCUCGGAGGUCGAAGGUCAGACUGUGCCCGUGAACGUGCACGUGGGCACCGCCCCGGACUCCGCCCUCGGUCACGACCUCACCAUCACACAGGCUGAGAGAAUUUUCCAAAAGAUCGUUCCAGGAGAAGAGUUCUGUCCUCCAGCUCCAAACCCCGAAGACAUCAUCUACGAGCCGGAGACUACAGAACCUACGGAGACUACAGAACCUACGGAGACUACGGAAAUUACGGAAACUACGGAAACUACAGAGACCACGGAGACUACGGAAACUACGGAGACUACGGAAACUACGGAAGCAGAGCCGGGAAGUAUCUCGGAAAACUGUCAUGAGACUGAGGAGAAAGAAAAUCAACAAGAUGAGUGAGGGAAGAGGAAAGACUUAGGCCUUGUUCAGUCCUGGUUCAGUCCUGGUUUAGUACUGGUUUAAUCCUGGUUUAGACCUGGUUUGGACCUGGUUUAGACCUGGAUAAGGUUUAAUCCUGGUUUAGACCUGGUUUAGACCUGGUUUAGACCUGGUUUAGUCCUGGUUUAGACCUGGUUUAGACCUGGUUUAGUCCUGGUUUAGACCUGGUUUAGUCCUGGUUUAGACCUGGUUUAGACCUGGUUUAGUCCUGGUUUAGACCUGGUUUAGUCCUGGUUUCAUCUUGUUGAGGCGUCGCUCAAAUUUGUGCUAAAAUAUUUUAAAAUGCCUUUUGUUUUUAUUGUUUGUUUUUUUGACACUGUAAAAAAUAAAAAUUUAAACAAACAUGUGGGUCACCUGUCACUGUUCACCUGUCACUGUUCACCUGUCACUGUUCACCUGUCACUGUUCACCUGUCAGAAGAAGAGAGGAACAAAGGAGAGGAUUUUGGUGUGAAUUAUUUCCGUCAUAAUCCAAAGAAUUCAAUUAAAAAACAUUUCUUCAUGUUCAUUUGAUUCAUUUGCACUGAAAUGUAUUUCCCGAUGUUUAUAAACUCUUAUUACUAUAAAACCAUGAAUUUAAACAAAGGAACUUCUGAUUCGAUAUAUGGUGAUGGUCCACAAUAUUAUCGUGUGACUUCUGAUGAUACCAUAUCACGAUAUUUCAGUUAAUGUUACAUCCCAACUUCUACAGUGUUAGACUUUUUAAAAAUCGUCACUGUUUGAGUGUUAAACAUGUUUGAUUUGUCAGAUCAGAUCAAAAACGGGAUACGAGACAUUUAAUGUGAGUUUUAUUUAAACACAAUUUGACCAUAAAAAGCUGAUUUGUCUGAACUCCAACAGGUGAUGAUCUGAUCUGUCCGUUAAACACGUCCCUCUGAAGAACGGUACAGUCACAAGAUAACGCUAGCAUUAGCAUUAGCAUUUGCAUUUGCAUUUGCAUUAGCCAACAUCAUCGUCAGUGAGUGCUUUUUAUUAAUUUAUUUAUUAUUUUUUACUGUUAGGUAACUUUUUUUUUAUUAUUAUUAUUAUUAUUAUUAUUAUUAUUUCCCAGCAGUGUUGGGAAGUAACAGAUUACAUGUACCAGAGUUACGUAAUCAGAGUACAAAUUAUGAGUAACUGUAUUCAGUUACAGUUACUGUUUCAGUGAGUGGUAAUUGGAUUAGUUACUUUGUUGAAAUAAAUGGAUUACACAGAGGUAUUUUCUUGUUUUUUUACAUUUUGGGCUAUA